AAGUGUCACUAAUGUCAUUUGAAUGUGUCCUGUCUUUUGUGUAGUUUCACAAUUACAAUGAAAAUAUAAUUUUCCGUUUUGUUAGAUUAAAUCCUUUGCAUUUUAUUAUAAUGUUUCAGGUAACAUCGAGCUGAAGAAUAUAAUUCUGGUUUUGUUUAAAUCAUACUCCAUUAUGAGUUAUCAGGAUGAGGCCAAUUGUUACGUGGGAUCUUUCCCGAAAGAUUUUAGCUACGGACCAUUCGAACAGAAUGGGGAUGGGGAUAGCACAUCAUUGCAAGAAGAUCACAAGCCUAGGAUACUCCUUAUGGGUCUCAGGAGAUCUGGAAAGUCAUCAAUUCAGAAAGUUGUGUUUCACAAGAUGUCUCCAAAUGAAACCCUAUUCUUAGAAUCAACAAACAAGAUCGUGAAGGAUGAUAUAAAUAACAGCAGUUUUGUUCAGUUCCAAAUAUGGGAUUUUCCUGGACAAAUUGACUUUUUUGACCCAACAUUUGACUCGGAUACCAUAUUUGGAGGAUGUGGAGCUUUGGUUUUUGUUAUUGAUGCUCAGGAUGAUUAUCAAGAUGCUUUGGAGAAAUUACAACUUACUGUAACAAAAGCCUACAGAGUAAACAGUAAUAUAAAGUUUGAAGUAUUCAUUCAUAAGGUUGACGGUCUCAAUGAUGAUUAUAAAAUGGAGUCUCAAAGAGACAUUCACCAUAGAGCUACAGAAGACUUGGCGGAAGCUGGCCUAGAGCAUGUUCACCUAUCAUUCCAUUUAACUUCCAUUUAUGACCACUCUAUAUUUGAAGCAUUCAGCAAAGUUGUACAAAAGCUGAUUCCUCAACUCCCUACACUGGAAAAUCUUUUGAAUAUACUCAUAUCAAAUUCUGGCAUAGAGAAGGCAUUUUUAUUUGAUGUUGUGUCCAAAAUAUAUAUAGCCACAGACAGCUCUCCUGUAGACAUGCAGAGUUAUGAGUUGUGCUGUGAUAUGAUUGAUGUGGUCAUUGAUAUAUCUUGUAUUUAUGGAAUGGUUGAUGAAACCGAGGUUAAUACAUUCAACAACCAAAGCUCUAGUCUCAUAAAAUUAAACAAUGGAACUGUCUUAUAUCUUCGAGAGGUUAAUAAAUUCCUUGCUCUUGUUUGCAUAUUACGUGAGGAGAACUUCCAGAAACAAGGUGUAAUUGACUACAAUUUCCUGUGCUUCCGAGACGCCAUUACCCAGGUGUUUGAGCUUCGCAAUAAAUGUCAAAAUGCUAAUUCAACAGAAAGGACACAAUCUGGUACCCCAGAACCACUCUCUAAUGGCGCCGUGGACUCAAAUGAGAGCGCAUCAGAUCCGCAGCCAUAGCACAACAUAAUAUGCUAUUUCCAUAUCCCUCUGUCUAAUAGACUCCAUACUCUAUAUAAUAUAUAUAUUCAGUUUCAUGUAUGUUAAGAUAAUUGAAAUAGAUUUAUAAUGUGAAUAAUAUAUAUUAAAGAUAUGUUUUCUA